CCCCUAUUACAAUUCCAAGAAAUACUAUCGAUAUUCAAGAAUAUUACAGAAGAUAGAUUAACCAUGGCAAGUUAAGUUUCCGACACAGAUAUAAGAAAAAAUAUGCUUGGAGGGCAAUGACAUUCGUGUAUACUUGACCACGGCACAAGACUUGUGUGACAAGAUAUUAUGAUAGCCUAUUUCAUGGGCCUAUUGUUAUUGAUGAUAUCAUUAUUUAAAAUGAAUAUUCAGCCAUUUUUGUUUGUGGUGUGAAAUAUGUUUUGCAAUUAGUUAUAAAGUCUCAAGGCUAAGACACUGGAGUACAGAGGAAUGAAUGGAGAUUGUUAUUUCAGCAUUUAUUGUUCAACAUUCUUAUGGUUUGCAUAACAAAAUGUAAACAUUAUGGAGGGUUUUGCACAACAAUAUACCACAUCUGAUGAGGCUUAUGUUCAAAGAAGACCUGUUUCGACUUCCAAUGUUUUUGAUAUUGUGGAGCAUAAACGGAAAAGAUUUUCAAAGUCCAGAGACAUAUUUUCAAUAGAGGAAGCCAAUGAUAAAAAAGCUAGAAAGCGACUAGUUGUUCAGCGUAGUUUAAGUUUACCGGAUGUUGUUCCUAGUACCAGUCCUGUUUUUUAUGAAUUCCCUUCCUCUCCAGACAUUCUGUGUCAAGGUGACCUAAAGGAAGAGAAGAAACUUGAAAUCGAAGGACCUGUAUAUAAACCAAGACCAAAGUCUGUUUCAUUUGUUGACGAAUCUCACAAAAAUAUUUCUGACCAUGGAAAAGAACUAAGGCAGCAACUACGUAGGAAGAAAUCAUCAUCAUGUGGAUAUUGGACAGGCGGCUCGAAUGAAUCUGAUUAUAGUGUAGAUGUUGUAACUAGUAGUGAGAAGAGUCAAGAUGUCAUAACCCAAAGUGUUGACAAGGGUCUGCCAUUGACUGGUAAUAAUGAAGUUUCAACUAAACCAAUCUCUGAUGGCAUACCAACUAUAAGUCUGUUUGUUUUCAAUAGUACAAGUAAUGGAAGUGUAUAUAUCAAUGAAGAGAUUUUCAACCAACUCAAAAGCUAUGAUACUGGUUUAGCACCAACUUCCCGAACACCUCAAUCAACAGAAUCUGUGUCUCCUUUAUCACAGUUUUGUUAUGACAAGUUAACAGAAGAGAAGAAUGAAUCUGUUACUGAAAAUAAAUUAAAUCAGCCAUCUGUACUAGAUAAUAGGAGAGAAGAAGGGAAGUUAAAAAAGGAGCUUUAUCAUGGAGAAUUUGAGAGACAGAUGCUGUCAAAUAAAGUCUCAGUUGAAAAGAUCUUCUCAUUUUCUGAAAGUACAACACCAUCUCCUCAUG